AUGCCAUGGAAGGUGAUCGAAGUAGAGUUCACUAAAAGAACGAGGUUGACAUAUGACAAGAACAAACUGAAAAACAAAUGGGAUUGGAUGAGAAAUCGAUGGAGUCUUUGGAGAGCACUUAAAGGAAAAGAAACCGGAUUAGGUUGGGAUCAUGAGAAGGGAACAAUAAGUGCUAGUGACGAAUGGUGGAAGAACAAAAUUGAGGAAAAUAUGCAUUUUAAAUCUUUUCAAUUUGAAGGUAUUGAGCCUGAACUUGAAUACAAGAUGGAAAAACUAUUUGGAGUUUCAGUUGCUCAAGGGGGGCUUAAGUAUACUCCUGUUCAACGCUCAAAUCAAGCACCCCCUUCUGUUUAUAUCCCUCUUCCACCCCUUGGUGCUGGUAAUCUUAAUCAUGGUGGAAAUUCUAGUAAUAUGCCACCUGAGUAUGAUGAUCAAAUGAGUGAGAAUGGUGGUAUUAUUCAUACCCAAACUAACAUGGAUUGGCAGGAUACUUUUCAUGGUUCUACUCCAAAUCCUUCCUCAUCUCCUUCUCCUCCUCCACAAUCAACUGAACUCGGAGCUAGAGGAAGUAAAAGAAGUUCUGAAAAUGAUAUUGCAGAGAGCUCGAAACGUUGUAGGAUAGAAUCUGGUAGUAGGAAAGGAGGGGCUGCACUGUUGAUGGAAAAGCUAGAUACAAUGGUGAAAGUUGUUACUGAGAGGAACAUCAAGGAUAUAGAAUUGAUGAGCCUUGAAGCACGUACACUCAAUGACUCAUCUAAUACACUUGCUGAUUCGUUGGCAAAGUUGGUGUCCAUGAAAGACUUAACUCCCGGUAGCCCUGAAUUUUGUUUUGCUUGUACCAUGAUUGAAGAUCCCCAAAAGAGGAUACUUCUCAAUGGAAUUCCAGAUGACAACACAAGGCUUCAAUGGAUCAAAUACUUGUUUGAGAAUAGUGGGUGA